AUGCCACAGCCUCGGCCACAGCUGGAAGAGUGUACCUUAUCCUACGUGACUUUUCCGGAAAUGCUCGACCGGGCCAUGUGUUUCAAGUACACGGAAAAUUAUGUUUCUGUAAGGAGUGAAAGGCCAAUUAAACUGGACGAGUGGAUCGAGAUCAGAGUGUCGAGGACUGGUCGUCUUGCCUCUUUGGAAGUGGAAGACGACCCGGCCAUAGAGAUGAUGGCCCCGGGUGCUUUUACCCAACUUUCAUUACCUCUUAACAUGUACCUGGGUGGAACACCAUCGACGGAAAUGUACUCGCCAAAGUUAAAGACGAACGCAAGCUUUGUUGGCUGUGUACAAUCUGUCGUGUUGAAUCGACGCGAGGUGGGUAUUCUGGCAGAGGCUCUGGGUGGCGUAAACGUGGGUAGCUGUGGUCACGCGUGCGAAGCGCGGCCGUGCGGUGACGCGGAGUGCCGGCCGCUGCGCGACCGCUUCACCUGUCGCUGUCGACCCGGACUGCCUCAUCCCUGCCCCGCCCUCGACGAUCAGCAGCAGCAGCAGCAACAAUUGCAAACGAUAACUAGUUCUCAAGUGGAAACAGCGACGAGGUACGCGAUAAGCUCGGCGCAACCGGAAACGCCUGUGCCCAGCUUCACUGGAACCGAGAUUUUUGCACACUACUUGUUUUCGACAACACCCGAGCAGAUUGGCGAGAGACGCCAGCUUCGACAGUGA